UAUUCAGUUUAAAUCGGUACGCUGCAAGUAGCAGUUUAAUUCAGAAGAAAAAUGCAGAAUUUCCAAACAAUUAGUGUGAUAGCAUUUGUGGCGUGCUUGCUACUUUUGCAACAACAAAGCUCACAAGCAUUGCUGCAUGACAUUCUCGAUAUAGUCGAUUUACAAAAUGUGGACUUGAGAAACUAUGAAUACUUUCGAAAUUUACCGUCGCAGAAUCCAAAAACAGCUGGAAAGGCAAAUCUCUUUCUAGAACACUUCCAGAAGAAGAAGGCCGUCUUGGAUUAUAUAGAGCACUUAUUUCUAGGAACAUCGCCAUUCACACAGAAGAGUGAGAUACCGUUUAAUCCACAUUUUGGGCGUGCAUGGCGCCCAUAUUUCGAACGUCGCUAUGGCAAACAUGGUGUGAAUUUAGUAGAUAUGUUAGGUCGUGGAUAUACAUUGCAACAACUGAGGCAGCAAGGUGCAAUCCCAAACGAUUUUGGCACAACAUAUUACCCCACGCGCUAAAUUAACACUAUAUAAUA